AUGCAAAACAAUUAGAGCGAAAUAAAAAACUAUUAGCAAGAGAAGGAAGAAAGGUUUCAAUAAAGUUUAUUCAAAGAUCAAAUCUAAAAUAUUGAUUCCACUAUUUAAGAGGCAUCAAACAAUCCUGAUUUUGUUAAAGUUAUUGUUAUUUGCACUUUCACCAAUGAAACAAUAGCAACCAAGGAGAAAAUAAUAUGUUCUGACAAUGAUGUUUAGAAUGUUGAGAAGGAUGACGUAGUUGAGUAAUAGGACCUUUCUGAUUGUGUGAAAAUAGAAAUUGUGAUCUACAUAGAAAGGACAUUUAUUGAAUGUUCUAAAUUAUUGAAGUCCAAUUACAUUGAAAAACUAGACGUGAUUAAAGUAAAAUGGAAUCCCUAAAUAAUUUAGUUGCCCAUCUGCUCAGCCAAUGGAAUACGCAUUCCAAAUGAAUACGAUAUCAAAUAGUUUUUCAAGUUGUCCAAAAUCAAAAAUAACAAUGAGGAAUUCACCAAGUAAAUCCAUUCUAUGGACACUAAACAUUUAUUUGGUUUGCUCAUAAGCAGUCUUGUAUUCUAAGAUGCGCAAAUAGAAGAAGCCAUUUUUGAAUUGUUCUUUUAAAACAUCAACUUGGAAAAUGCAAUCAAAUUGUUGCUCAUCACAGUGUAAUAUGAAUCCAAAAAAUAACAUUACUUCUAUAAGUAUCAUCACUCUUCAAUAUAUAGACUCAUUAAGCAUUUGUAUUAUUUUAGCAAAGGCUUGUUGAAAGAAACUUAUGAUAAUCAUUUGCAGAAGAUUGUUUAAAAUGGAAUGAAACCAAAGCAAUUGUAAAUUGAGAAACCCAAUUUUAUCAAAUUAAUAACUCAACUGCACAUAUUUAAAAUUAACUCAACAAUCCUAUACCCCCUUUUCAAAUAACAGGAAUCACAUCUAUUCUAAUACUACAAGCCAGUUAGAGAGAGGAAAUCUUUCACUGUGUAUAGAAAUUUGGAUUGUCCAGAAGGCAGAGAACAAUCAGAUUUUCCCCAUCUUUAUUAUCUGAAAAAUAAGGAGAACCAAACAGUCUUAGUAGCAGUACAGUAUGAGAUACAAGGAGAUAUCCUUAUUUUCUAAGAAUAUUAAGAGAAAUUCAUAAAAUACAAUGAUAAUUAUUUAGGACUGAUUGAGUUUAAGAAUCAAGGCAGAGAAUUCAUUGUUUAUGAUGACGGCUAUCCUGAAUAUAUGGAAAACAACUUUCCUUAAUGGAUUGGAAGGAAGAAGAGAAGAAUGCUUGUGUUGGAUUACUUUUCAGAAAAAAGAUAUGACAAACCCAGACUGUUUGAUGUGAAGUGUUUCAAUGUAAAUACUAAUCAAUAUGAUGAAAUCAUUACUAAAGAACCUCAUUAUGAUGAAUCCAAAGGUUCCUAUUCUUUGUAAUUGGGUGAGAUCGCUUUGAUUCCAUCAACCAGAAAUUUUAUAUUGCAAAAGAAGGGAGAAAACAAUGCAGAAUAAUAAGUCUAUCUUUGUCAUGGCAAACAAAAUAGACACACCUUUCACUUGGAGUUGCAUGAAGGAAUUAGUGUGUUCUAGGGUUUCUGCAUUUCUGUUGUAUCAAUUUGUUCUAAAGGUUCUUGUGAAUGA